AAAUUUCGAGACAUGUCAGCUGAAGGUUGGUCUGUCAAGAGAUCGUCUUUAUUUGAUUUAAGCAGCCGUUUAUCGCCGUGGAUAAUUCGCCAACGGGUUCCAGUGAGGAGGUACAAACUAAGGUGAAAAGUUUGAGUUCAAGAGAUGGCUGAUGAUUUGCUGCAUGCAGAGCUAUUGGCAGCUUGCUCCUCUCUUGGAUACAGUGAUGGGAUCAAGUACUACAAAGAAGCUCACUGUCUUGAAACUACAAAAGAUUUAGUACGGUACUUAAGGAAAGAUGACGAGAGUCACGAAAUCAGACGUGCACUUGGAGACACCCGUGUUGUACAGACUGAUCUGAUCCCUAUAGUAAGAGACCACAGCCAAGAUGCAGAACUGUUCGAUGUAACGCUUAGGCUCCUUGUGAAUUUGACGAAUCCUGUCAUUCUGCUUUUCCGCGAAGAGUUGCCAGAGGAGAAGGUGACUCACCAGCAGUACCUGCAUCUCCUGUCUCAGCAACAAGGCUAUAAGGAAGCUUUUGUAGAAGAAAAAGUAUGGAGUAUACUUGUUGGGAAACUAGGUGAACUACUGCAGUUGGAUUGGGAGAUUCGUCAGGAAGAAGACAGGCUCAUCAUUGAGAGGAUUUUAAUAUUAGUAAGAAACAUUCUUUUUGUACCUGCCAGCCCAGAGGAAGAGAAAAGAACUGAAGAUGAUGCAUCAAUACAUGACCAGGUUCUUUGGGCAUUGCAUCUUGCUGGAUUUGAAGAUUUGUUGCUUUACAUAGCAUCAUCCGAAAAUGAACAGGACUUGUGUAUGCAUGCUUUAGAGAUUAUUUCAUAUAUGUUACGUGAACAGGAUCCUGCCCAGUUGGCCAAAGCUGGGCUUCAGCGCUCCCAGUCAGAGAAGGAAAAGGAUGAAAAGGAGCUACAAGAAAUAAGGAAGAGAGAAGCUUUGAAGAAACAGCAACAAAGAAAUAAAUAUUAUGGAGCACGCCAUUCGAGGUUUGGUGGAACUUAUUAUGUUCAGAACAUGAAGAGCAUCAGUGACCACCGGGACCUGAUAACACAUCGCCCUUUAACAGAUGUUAAAUCAAUUAAUUUUGAUUUUGCCAAAAGGCCGAGGAAGACUGCCAAAAAUAGGGCAGAUAUGGUUCACAACACUUCCACAAGACGUUCAACUCUUGCCAUCCGCUUGUUUUUGCAAGAAUUUUGUAUUGAGUUUUUGAAUGGGGCUUAUAACAGCAUCAUGUACAUAGUGAGAGACAAUCUAAAUAUGGCAAAAUCACAGGAAAAUGACGAUUCGUAUUAUAUGUGGGCCAUUAAAUUUUUUAUGGAGUUUAAUCGACAUCAUGAAUUCAAACUUGAGUUGGUUAGUGAAACUCUCAGUGUUCAGAUAUUCCAUUAUCUUCAAACAAACUUGGAAAAUUACUAUGGCAUGAUGACAACAGAUAAAAAGAAGAUUCCAUUGUGGUCAAGGAGAAUGCACAAGGCAUUAAGAGCUUAUCAAGAGCUGCUCAUGACGCUGUCAUACAUGGACAAGUCUACUGAGGAAGUGAGAGAAGCUGCAAAAGUUCUGAAGAGUAAACUCUUUUAUGUGGUAGAGUACCGGGAAAUGGUCCUUGUCCUCUUGCAGAAUUAUGAUCGAAGGAAGAUGUCCGUAUUAUAUCUGAAGGACUUGGUUGAGACAGCUCACAUCUUUAUUAAGCUUCUUGAAAAAUUCUGUGGGAAAACCAGGCAUAUGAUAGUUCAGAGGAAACACAGAGUAAAUCCAAAGAAAAAGAAGCCUAAAGCUGUCCCCAGUCAGAUGACAGAAGAUCAGCUACAAGUAAUAUGGGAUGAAAUGUCAGCAGAAUUAUCAGCAGUAGUUCAAGGAGAGACAGGGGAUCUUCCAGAGAUGAUACCUUUUGAUGCGGCAUCAGAGGAUCCAGAGGAAACACAAAAGGAGAAUGCUAUGAGACGUAUAAAUGCCUUACUUCGCAGUAAAGAAAUGCCACAGGCCGUUUCUCUUUUACGAGCAGCCAGAGAAGUAUGGCCUGAAGGAAUCUUUGGAGAACAAACAAUUUCACCAUCAGAAGAGUUUUUAUCUCUACGAGAAAUUUUCAUGGCAGAAUUGAAUCCUGUUGAGCCACCUCAAGAAGAAGAGGAGGAUGAGGAGGAGGAGGAGGAUGAGGAAGAGGAAGCUGAGAGGCAAAUGGUAUUACGAGAAGAGGAUUUUGAUUUUCCGUCAUUCAUCAGACGGUUUGCUCACACAAAAGUAAUGCAGGCAUAUGCUCAGCUAUUUCAGAGGUAUUCUACUAACAGUGCAAACACAAACCACUGUAUUUUAAGGAUGUUCCACCGAAUUGCAUGGGAUUGCAAACUCCCAGCAAUGUUCUUUCAGGCCUCUCUCUUUUGUGUCUUCAGAGAAGCAAUGCACGACGACAGACAAAGCACUGACGAGAGUGUUAAAGAGAUAGUUAAGUUUAGUAAGUUUAUUGUUAGGGAAUUUUUUGGUACAGUUCAGUCAAAUAACAAGGUUUUUGCUGAAUUGUUCUUUUGGAAGGACAAUAGAGAGGCUCAUGAAAUUGUGUGGGGUUAUGAGGCCUUUGCCUCUGGCAGGGAAGCUGCCAAGAGAGCUUGGACUGAAGAGGAAGAAGAUGAGGUGCGUAGGCUCUACGAAGAAUUUAAAGACACCCCCGUGGAAAGUCUGGAAGGCAGAGAUUGUGCUGAUCUCAUUCUGGAUAACCUCAUAGAUGAGAAACGUACAAAGCGUGCGAUUGUAAAGAAACUGAAGGAGUUAGGUCUGAUUACGGAAACUAAACAGUUGAAGAAUCGUAAGCCUGUGCGUGUACGAGCUCCAAAGAUAUGGACUGAGGAAGAGGAAGGGGAACUUAGGAUGUUGUUUGAAGAAAAUAAGGAUGCCAUGGAUAUUGUUGGCAGGAUUAUGGAUCACAUGGUACUGAGAAGACCAAAACAUAGGGUCAUUGAAAAAAUUUUGGAACUUGGCCUUGUUUCGGACAAAAAGGAACUCAAGAAAAAGAGAGUGAAGACAGCAAAGAAAACUAAAGGAAAAAGGGACACUAGUGAUCUUGGUGAAAGAUUUGUAGCUCCCGAUGAAGAAAGCGAUGAAAAUACUGACAGGAGUGAAUCUGAAGUGGAGAAUGAAGAGAUUGAUGAUUCAUCUGGUGAUGAAGUACCAACACAGAAAUCCUCAGAAAGGCAGGUAUCAUACGUACCCCCUGUAGCUACUCCAGGCUUAAUAGCUCAAGCAUUGAAAACUGUCAUCGAGGCCAACAUGCAAGGUCCAUUAGAGUGGCUUGUUGGGGUGAUGCAAGAUGUUGCAGAUGAUCGAGAAGAAGACGGUGACUUUGAACCUGUUCCAAUCCUGGCUAUAACAGAGGCUUGCACAGAUGCCAUGGAGGACAGUAAAUUUCAGGAGCUGUUGAAAUUACUUGGCCUUCAGCAACCCCUCAGUCAUCAGGAAAUGUUCUGGCGCGUUCCAUCUCGGCUCAGCGUUGAUGCGUUGCGGAAGAGGGUCCAUUACUUGAAACAGAGCUUGUCAGGAAGUCCUAUUGAAGUUCCUCAGCUAGAACAACCUUUAGACCCUGUAGUUGAAGCAGUUGUAGAACCAAGCCAAGGAAAAAAGAAAGGCUCUCGGGUCUCUGUGAAAGGCUCAAAGAAAAACGCACCUAAAUCUGAUCCUGCCAGAUCCAAGUCUAAGGCCAGACGUCAGCCAAAGAAGCAAACAUAUUCUUCACAGGUUUCAGAAAAUUCAGAUGCUGAAAAUAUAGAUCCUGAAAACAAGGAAAAUGUUGAAAGUAAUCCAUCGCUAUCAGCAUACGUAGACGAUUCUGUUCCACUUCACGUAAAUGACUCUGUUCCACUUUUGCCCGAUGGAAGUGAUGGGAAUCAUUCAAGCGACGAUGAAAUUCCCUUAUCGAGGCAAGCCCUUCCGUCAUCCCACGUGAACAAGAGAGUUGGCAUUGACAGUGAGAAUGAGUCCGAUUCCAAUUUGUCUGCUCCGUCACUAAAACGGGCCAAAAACGAAAAACGCCGUGUGGUUAUUGAUGAUGAUUCGGACAAUGAAACUCCCCAAGUAGAAAGUCAAGACUUGAACCUACAUAUAGAUACAGAAGUUGGAGAAACUAGCAGUCAAGGUAUUAUGAGAGUAGGCUCUGAUGAUGAUGAUGAUGACGAUGUACAUCUGAAUAUUUCAAGACAAAGAGCUAAGGCAGUCAUUGAAAGUGAUGAUGAAUAGUGUUGGGUGAAGUUGUCUUCAAUAUGAGUGCUUAUAAUGUGAUUGUGGUUUCAUAGUAUAGUAUCAAAUGGAGAAUUUUAUUUUAUAUCAUAGCACAAUAUACUUGUAAGAUGUCAAUUGUGUAACAUUUAAAGUGUUGAAAAGAUGAUAAUAAGCUAUAAUAUCUGCUAUCUUAUGUUAAGUCAUUUAUAGAUAAUGUGUGCAGUGCCUUAAAUUAAUUUUUUGAAUCCAGCUAAAAGGAGGUUGCUGAAAGAGAACACUGAUGUCAUUAUUUUAUGGAUAUUUAUCCACUCAAUUAUAUAUAUAUAUAUAUAUAUAUAUAUAUAUAUAUAUAGAAAAAGCAAAUUUUGGCAAACAUUACAAUUUUCAUCUCAUGGUCAUUUUUAGUUUUUGGUUGGCCCAUAUUCCCGAGAGUCCGUGAAUUGAUUUGUGAUUAAUGUUGCUUUCCAGUAUAUUAGCGGCCUUUGAUGGCAAGAAUUGCUUACAGUUCUGUUCAGUCCUUGUGUUGAUUAGUACUUGUUUUAGGUUUCAGCCUUAAUAAUCCUGAUCGGUCAGCAUUUUAGUAGUCCAGAUCCAAUUUCCUUGAUAAAAAGUGGUUUCCCAGAUAAGCGUUUCGCUUAUAGGUACGUAUUGUAGUUUUUUAUCAGUCUACGGUUACAGAUAAUUUGAAUUAUUUUUUAUUCAUUUUGAUAUACAGAGGCUGGUAAGACUGCAGCCUCAUGGCCUUUUAAACCUCAUUCUUGAAAGAUAAGGCAAAUAUAAGGGCAAGGGAAAUAUGAACUGGCUAAUCAUUAAAGCAGCAUUAAUAUAUGUUCUACUUUUAAGGAGACCAUUGAGUUGCAUUUCUAGGCUUGCCUGAAGAAUUUGUUUGCAAGUGAGAAGUGAAAUAUGAUUUAUAGAAAUAUUCAGUUUUUACUUAAAGUUUCUGGUAUCUCUCGAAUAUUUCUUAUUUGGAUUUUUUUUUUUUUUAGGCAGU